CAUCAUUUGCAAAAAAACUUUGGUUCCCCUUUAGUAAAUAUAAGAAACGGAGGGGCAGCGGUGAAUUGAAUAGAAAGAAACAGAAAAGAAGAAGAAAAGAAAAGGUGAGAAAUGGAGGAAUCAUCGGCGGCGAAAAGAAACGAAGAAGAAGAAAAAGCGUUGUCUUGGGAAUCGCUGUACAAAAAGAUCUCCCCCUCAUCAGAUUCCGAUCUCUCUCGCAGCAUCAUUCAAUCAACCGACUCUGCUAUCCGCUCCGCUCGUCAUUUUCAACACUCCUCUACCAAUUUUCUACACUCUCUUCAGGAUUUUGUUCCUGAAAUCAGAACUCAGUGUAAAACUUAUGAAGAUGCUUUGGUUAAGAAUGUUAAAGAUGAGUUGGCCAGUGCUAGAGAUCACCCAGUUAUGGCUUGUGGAAUUGCCGUUACAGCUGGCUUUCUUCUAUUGCGUGGCCCUAGAAGAUUUUUGUUUAGGAAUACAUUUGGUCGACUACAAAGUGAGGAGGCACAGUAUGUCAAAGCUGAGAAAAAUGUAAAAGCGUUGAACCUCUCUGUUGACUUAAUGAAGAAGGAGAGCGCUAAACUGCUUGAAAGAGCUAAUUUUGCUGAAACUGAGAUGAGUAGUGGCCUUACUGCUUUAAGGGUUUCUGGAACUCAAAUCCGACAACUUGCUAAAACAGUUCAUAAAGCUGAAGCUGAAGCUGUUGAUCUGAUGGAAUUUCUGCGAGAGCUUCCUGGAAGACAGGCUCUAAAGCUACGUGCCGAGGCAACUUCCAUGGCGUCCACACUCCGACAACAACGAAAUGCUGUGGACAAAAGGAUAUUGAAGAUCUCAGAACUGGGUGUUCCAGUUUGAUACCCACAAGGCCACAACUAAAACGAUUCUUGCGAGACUGAAUAUAUUCUCCAUUAUCCAAUGAAUGUAGGAUGGUGAAAAUAAGUGCUGCGAUUUUGGUCGGUGGUAUGUAACAUGGGUAUAAUAUUGUUUUCUUUUUUGGGUUUUAGUAAGAUGUCUACUUCUAGAUACAUCCAUCUCGACAAGAUGUGUGGAGAGGGCUUCAAUACCAGAAACUUACAAUCCCCAAUUUCUAUUAUAGAGCUCAAGGCACUUUAUGUUCUCAUAA